AUGGAGACUAUUUCCCGGAUAUCGUCGAUGCUGGAAACAGCUCGAGAGCUCACCCUCGAGGCCGCUCAGUCUGCCGCCAUGAAUAGAACGUCUACAACAGGACUUUCAUCAAGGAACCAUAAUGCUGCUAAUAUCAAAAAGCUCCUUGACAGUCGCAAUGACCGGGAAGUCCUGGAUGGUAUGCGAAGGGUGAUCACACUUAUGUACAGCUCGGAGUCGUCUCUUACCUUCUUUUCCGCCGUUGUUAAGAACGUAGCGAGCACAAAUCUCGAAGUGAAGAAACUCGUCUACAUCUACCUGGUGCACCAUGCCGAAGCCGAACCCGACCUUGCGCUCUUAUCAAUCAACACCAUCCAGAAGUCGCUUACGGACCAGAACCCCCAGGUGAGAGCGAUUGCACUUCGUACAAUGUCGGGGAUCCGGGUGCCUGUCAUCAGCCAGAUUGUUUCCCUAGCGAUCAAAAGAGGCUGCGGUGAUAUGAGCCCGCAUGUCCGAAAGGCGGCUGCGCUGGCCAUUCCGAAAUGUUACCGACUGGACCCCAACACCUUGCCUCAGCUUAUCGGUUAUCUUUCAACGUUACUUGGGGAUAGUCAGUAUUUUGUUGCUGGGCCUGCCGUUUCCGCAUUUUUGGAAGUCUGUCCUGAUAGGAUUGACCUCAUACACAAACAUUAUCGGGGCUUGGUAAAAAAGCUGGUUGACAUGGACGAAUGGGGUCAAAUUGCUACUCUCCGGCUUUUGACCUUCUACGCUCGGAGGUGCUUUCCUCGCAAGACCCAGAAAGUUAAGCAGGCCGUAUCCAAAGGGUUCUAUGAGGACGAGAACGAGACGAAAAAUGAUGGCGAAGAAUACGAUGUCCCCGUUUUGGACCCUGAUCUCGAACUUCUUCUACGGGCCUGCAAGCUUCUUCUACAUAAUCGCAACGCUGCCGUGAUUGUGAGCGUCGUCCGUUGUUUCCUAUACCUUGCGCCGCCGGAUUAUCUUGCUUCUACUGUCGGUCCUUUGGUUGCCCUCCUCCGGAGUCCCCAAGAUAUGCAACAGAUCGCUCUUUACAAUAUUGUCGUCGUUGCUCUCCGACAACCGAAAGCUUUCACGAAAUACGUUACGCAUUUCCUGGUCCAUGCCACUGACCCGCCUCACAUCUGGCGUCUCAAACUUGAAGUUCUGACUAUUCUUUUCCCUCAUUGUGGGCUACAUCUGAAGGGUGUCAUUAUCAGCGAGCUGCAACAUUUUUCCCAGGGUGUUGAUCCUGACCUCGUGCGAGAGAGUGUCCGCGCAAUUGGCCGUUGUGCACAAAGUGACCCCAACACAGCCGACCUUUGUCUACGCAUCCUCCUUAACCAGAUCACCAGCUUAGAUGACAAUCUUGUAUCGGAGUCAUUGACUGUUAUACGUCAUCUGAUCCAACAAGACCCCUCGUCUCACGAGAAGACUGUCAUCCAGCUAGUAAAACAUCUUGGGUUGACGAGAAACCCGGAUGCCAGAGCAACGAUUGUGUGGCUUGUCGGAGAAUUCGCCGGUCUGGAGCCAGAGAAGAAUUUCGCCCCAGACGUCUUGCGAAUUAUGGUGAAGGACUUUGCUAACGAAAGCGAGGCUGUCAAGCAGCAGAUCAUUCUGCUUGGAGCUAAAGUAUAUUUGCAUCAUCUUUUACGAAACCCACCGAAGGAAGAGCCUGAGCCUACGCCAGUAGCUGAACAGCAGCUCAGUAAUGAGUGGACGGAUAACCAGGAGGAAGGGGACAAGGAGCCUGCUGAACAGAAAACAGAGCCCGAAGAAGACAGAAUUACACUUCUUUGGCGGUAUCUCCUCCUUCUUGCCAGAUACGACACUUCUUACGAUUUGCGCGAUCGUGCUCGGUUAUACAAAGCUCUCCUUGCUUCUCCAUCAUCCACGCAGCUUGCAAACCUCCUCCUUCUCGCGCCUAAGCCAGUCCCGCAUGCGCCAAGUCCCUCGGAGACGCGGAAGGACCUCCUUAUCGGUUCGUCCACGCUGAUUGUGGGACCAGACGCAGGCAUCCAUGGACUUAGAGGCUACGAGAAACUUCCUGACUGGGUUGAACUGGGCCAAGAGCCCGAUUCCAAACUGCGGGAAAACGACAUAAAACCGGAGUUCAUGGAGAGAAACUCCAUGACGGCCGGUGAGCGGCUCGACAGAGCCCUCAAGGAGCAUGAAAACAGCGUUGCCUCUGCAAAGCAGCAACCCAACGGUCGCUUGAACGCGGCGGCGGCGGCGUCGAGAAAUAAGACCCUUGACGAAUGGCUCGAGGAUGAAUCUGAGACGGAAGAAGAGACGGAGACAGAGGAAGAAGAGACGGACUCGGAGGAAUAUGAGACCGAAGAAGAGACGGAAGAGGAGGAAGACGAAGAGGAAGAGGAAACAGAUUCAGAAGAGGAAGAGGACCAACAGCUUUUGACUCGGGAAAAUCCGGCUCUAGGCUCUUCCACAGCCAUUUCUUGA